AUGUCUAUACAAUCAUCAAAAAAGGAAGUGAAUGGAAAGGAAAUAGUAGAUUUCAUAAGUCAACUACCAGAUGAUAUUUUGUUUCUCAUAAUCUCUUCUCUUUCGAUUGAUGAUGCCGUAAAAACAAGUGUUCUAUCAAAGAGAUGGAUAUAUUUGAGAAAUAAUGUUUCUCACUUUGAUUUUGAUUGGACUCACAUGUUGAAACCCUUACCAAAAGUUUAUAACCGAAUUUCGUAUAAUAAAUUUUUGAAGUCCUUAGCCACCGAAGAACAUGCUAAGAAAUAUAGUGAAAUUGUUAACACUAUAUUGCAUCAACAUAUUGGUGAUUAUUUGAUUAAUUCGGUUUUACCUGCAUUUAAAAGUUGUGAAAAGUUGAAAAUUUUGAAGUUGGAGAAAAUGUCUAUGGUGGAUAGUAUCAUCAAUGGAAUUUUGAAAAAUUGUUUUGGUUUAGAGAAGUUUUGUCUCAUUGAGUCAGAUGGUUUCGAUAGCCUCAAGAUUGAAAACAAAAAUCUUAAAUAUUUGGAGCUUUUGUUGUUGGAUGUUGAAGAGAUAGAUGUUAAUGUUGAGGAGCUUCAUGUUUUGGUGAUUGAUUCUCUAAGGUGCCCUCCAAAGGGUCUUAGAAUUUAUUCUCAGAACUUAUGGAAUUUCUCUUAUACUUGCAAUUUAGAUCCUCUUUCAGAUCCUCAAGAUAUUCUACAAACUCGUGAAAUUUUUGAAAAUUGCAGUAACCUUUUGGUAGAGGAAUCAUCAGUUUUCACCGCUACUUUUGAUGAUUGUGCUCUACCAUUUCCUAAUUCAAUGUUCUGGGAGAAUCGAGAAGUGCCUGAUUUUGUUUGUAUGAAGUUAAAAUUUGUUACAGUGAAAAGAUUUACUGGCAAAGCACUGGAAAUAAGUUUUUUGAAGCAUUUGAUUACAAGAGCUUACAUGAUGAAAAAGUUGCAAGUAAUUUGUGAUUCGACAGUUGUGAACAAAGGAAAAUAUUUAUGGUCACUAAGAAGAGCUUCAACUAAUCUCUCCAUUCUUUUUAAGUCAAAAAUCUAG